AUGGAGGCCCCGUAUUCGAUGACAGCACACUACGACGAGUUCCAGGAGGUGAAGUACGUGAGCCGGUGCGGUGGGGGAGGCGCGCGGAGAACAUCGCUGCCCCCCGGCUUCCCGCUGGGUGCGGGGCGCAGCGCCACCGGGGCCCGAGCCGGGCUGCCGCGCUGGAACCGGCGCGAGGUGUGCCUGCUGUCGGGGCUGGUGUUCGCCGCGGGCCUUUGUGCCAUCCUGGCCGCCAUGCUGGCUCUCAAGUACCUGGGUCCGGGGGCGGCGGGGGGCGCCGCCUGCUCCGAGGGCUGCCCGGAACGAAAGGCCUUCGCGCGCGCCGCCCGUUUCUUGGCCGCCAACCUGGACGCCAGCAUAGACCCGUGCCAGGACUUCUACUCCUUCGCGUGCGGCGGCUGGCUGCGGCGCCACGCCAUCCCGGACGACAAGCUCACCUACGGCACCAUCGCGGCCAUCGGCGAGCAGAACGAGGAGCGCCUGCGGCGCUUGCUGGCGAGGCCUGGGGGUGGGCCGGGGGGCGCGGCCCAGCGCAAGGUGCGCGCUUUCUUCCGCUCCUGCCUGGACAUGCGGGAAAUCGAACGGCUCGGCCCGCGGCCCAUGCUCGAGGUCAUCGAGGACUGCGGGGGCUGGGACCUGGGCGGCGCGGCGGAGCGCCCGGGGGCGGCGGCGCGCUGGGACCUCAACCGGCUGCUGUACAAGGCGCAGGGCGUGUACAGCGCCGCCGCGCUCUUCUCGCUCACAGUCAGCCUGGAUGACAGGAACUCCUCACGCUACGUCAUCCGCAUUGACCAGGACGGGCUCACCCUGCCAGAAAGGACCUUGUACUUAGCUCAGGACGAGGAGAGCGAAAAGAUCCUAGCAGCAUACCGGGUGUUCAUGGAGCGCCUGCUCAGCCUCCUGGGUGCCGAGUCAGUGGAGCAGAAGGCCCGGGAGAUCCUGCAGCUGGAGCAGCAGCUGGCCAACAUCACAGUGUCCGAGUAUGAUGACCUCCGGCGAGACGUUAGCUCAGUGUACAACAAGGUGACCCUAGGGCAACUGCAGAAGAUCACCCCCCACCUGCGGUGGAAGUGGCUGCUGGACCAGAUCUUCCAGGAGGACUUCUCGGAGGAUGAGGAGGUGGUGCUGCUGGCCACAGACUACAUGCAGCAGGUGUCGCAGCUCAUCCGCUCCACCCCCCACAGGAUCCUGCACAACUACCUGGUGUGGCGUGUGGUGGUAGUCCUGAGCGAGCACCUGUCCCCGCCGUUCCGAGAGGCACUACAUGAGCUGGCCCGAGAGAUGGAGGGCAGUGAUAAGCCACAGGAGCUGGCCCGUGUCUGCCUUGGCCAGGCCAACCGUCACUUUGGCAUGGCGCUUGGUGCCCUGUUUGUACACGAGCACUUCUCGGCUGCCAGCAAGGCCAAGGUACAGCAGCUGGUAGAAGACAUCAAGUAUAUCUUGGGCCAGCGCCUGGAGGAGCUAGACUGGAUGGAUGCUGAAACCAAGGCGGCCGCGCGGGCCAAGCUUCAGUACAUGAUGGUGAUGGUGGGCUACCCGGACUUCCUGCUGAAACCCGAGGCCGUGGACAAGGAGUAUGAGUUUGAGGUCCACGAGAAGACCUACUUCAAGAACAUCUUGAACAGUAUCCGCUUCAGCAUCCAGCUCUCAGUCAAGAAGAUCCGGCAGGAGGUGGACAAGUCCACGUGGCUGCUCCCCCCACAGGCACUCAAUGCCUACUAUCUACCCAACAAGAACCAGAUGGUGUUCCCCGCUGGAAUCCUGCAGCCAACACUGUAUGACCCUGACUUUCCGCAGUCUCUGAACUACGGGGGCAUCGGCACCAUCAUCGGUCAUGAGCUGACCCAUGGCUACGAUGACUGGGGAGGGCACUAUGACCGUUCGGGCAACCUGCUGCACUGGUGGACCGAGGCCUCCUACAGCCGCUUCCUGCGCAAGGCCGAGUGCAUUGUCCACCUCUACGACAACUUCACCGUCUACAACCAGCGGGUGAAUGGGAAGCACACCCUCGGAGAGAACAUUGCGGACAUGGGCGGCCUCAAGCUAGCCUACUAUGCAUAUCAGAAGUGGGUGCGCGAGCACGGCCCUGAGCACCCGCUGCACCGGCUCAAGUAUACGCACAACCAGCUCUUCUUCAUUGCCUUUGCCCAGAACUGGUGCAUCAAGCGGCGGUCGCAGUCCAUCUACCUGCAGGUGUUGACCGACAAGCACGCACCCGAGCACUACAGGGUGCUGGGCAGCGUGUCCCAGUUCGAGGAGUUCGGCCGGGCCUUCCACUGCCCCAAGGACUCGCCCAUGAACCCUGCCCACAAGUGCUCUGUGUGGUGA